GAUCGCACGGCUAGCAGCCGCCAUGGCAAUGAGGCAGACGCCGCUCACCUGCUCGGGCCACACGCGGCCCGUGGUGGAUCUGGCCUUCAAUGGCAUCACGCCUUACUGCUAUUUCCUGAUCGGCGCUUGCAAAGAUGGUAAACCUAUGCUACUCCAGGGAGAUACAGGAGACUGCACUGGAACAUUUUUGGGUCAUAAGGGUGCUGUUUGGGGUGCAACAUUAAAUAAGGACGCCACCAAAGCAGCUACAGCAGCUGCAGAUUUCACAGCCAAAGUGUGGGAUGCUGUCUCAGGAGAUGAAUGGAUGACCCUGGCCCAUAAACACAUCGUCAAGACUGUGGAUUUUACACAGGACAGUAAUUACUUGUUAACCAGGGGACAGGAUAAACUGUUACACAUAUACGACUUGAACAAACCUGAAGCAGAACCUAAGGAAAUCAGUGGUCAUACCUCUGGUAUUAAAAAGGCUCUAUGGUGCAGUGAGGAUAAACAGAUCCUUUCAGCUGAUGAUAAAACUGUUCGCCUUUGGGAUCAUGCUACUAUGACAGAAGUGAAAUCUCUGAAUUUUGAUAUGUCUGUUAGCAGUAUGGAAUAUAUUCCUGAGGGAGAGAUACUGGUAAUAACUUAUGGACGAUCUAUUGCUUUUCAUAGUGCAGUAAGUUUGGACCCAAUUAAGUCUUUUGAAGCUCCUGCAACCAACAAUUCUGCAUCUCUUCAUCCUGAGAAAGAAUUUCUUGUUGCAGGGGGUGAAGAUUUUAAACUUUAUAAGUAUGAUUAUAAUAGUGAAGAAGAAUUAGGAUCCUACAAAGGACACUCAGGCCCCAUUCACUGUGUGAGGUUUAGUCCUGAUGGAGAACUCUAUGCUAGUGGUUCUGAGGAUGGAACAUUGAGACUAUGGCAGACUGUGGUAGGAAAAACAUACGGCCUUUGGAAAUGUGUGCUUCCUGAAGAAGAUAGUGGUGAGCUGGCAAAGCCAGAGAUCAGUUUUCCAGAGACAGCGGAAGAGGAGCUAGAAGAAAUUGCUUCAGAGAAUUCAGAUUCCAUCGAUAGUUCAACUCCUGAGGUUAAGGCCUGAGCAUCAGGCAGAUGUACACAACUUAUGGACUAAAACAAACAGAGAAAAGCAUCAGCCUCCAGAGUUACUCUCUGCUUAAGGCAAACAUGAGCAGUAAAUAAUGAGGAAUAUGAAUUAGCUCCAGUGCUGGAACUAACCAACUUGGUGAUACCUGUAAGUGAAAACACAAGAGUAUCAGCUGAAGGCGGAUGGAGUGAUACUCUUGUAGUACGAUAGUCUGUUGUCUUUUUCAUGAAUAUGUGCAAACCAACAUCCAAUUUCUCUUAUUACAGGUAGAUUUCUUGUAGCUGUUUAUGUUAUUAUGAAGAGGGAAAAUAUAUUGGCCUAUUUUUCUGACUUUUCCCUUAAAGCAGAAAGCCAUUUUUUUUUGCUUUAGUUAUAAAGAAGAGGGGGAAUACAUGAUAAAGUAACUGGUUUGACUUCUCUUUCAUUGUA